CCCUGGUCUGAGACUGUGAUAUACUGAUAUACGAUACGUCCUUACCACUAUCUGCGUACCUAUGUUCGACCCUACGACUGCCGAUAAGCAAAUCGGUAUCAUAUCAAGUUGCCGAGCCCGUUGUAAUGCACUACCGGCAGAUAAGCCUUUCUGGAUCUGGCGGCUCGACCUCCCCAAAACAGCCAAGUUUCUGUCUGGUUAGCAAACACAACCCCAAGAGACUCAUUGAAACCAGCAUUGCGCAAUGUACCCCGCAUAAAGACUACUAGCGACACAUUCAAUGUAACUUUGCCUUGUAGUUCGAUGACAUGGAUUCCAUUCAGGAUUCAAUCACUAGCGGCGAAAUGGAUGGAGUAUUUCCCCUUAAAAGACGCGGAUAUCCAGCUGAACAUAGUUCUAGAUAGCCAGUUUACCGCCAUCCGUUGACAAACCUGAUCCCGACAUCUGUCCUCUAUCGAGUGAGCUAUGGGUGAUUUUGCCCACGACCAAGACUGGAGGGUGCUGGUGGCGGCGAAAAAGGAGUCUCAGCAAUCAGCCAUCCCCCCUGAAUGGCUUAUAGACUCAAAGGUCUUGCACGAGCUGAAGCAGUGUCCUGGCGGCCGCUUGCUUGAACCAAGUCCUGCGAAGAAAUCAACAAUUCUGACCGAUGAGGAACUCGAAAUCACAGAACGAUACUCGGCUACGGAUCUGCUUGAAAAGCUUGGCAAGGGGGAGCUCACCUCCGUAGCCGUUACGAGAGCGUUCUGCAAGAGAGCAGCGGUGGCUCAACAACUGACUUCAUGUCUCACUGAAAUCUUCUUCGAGAAGGCCAUUGAGCGGGCGGAGGAACUCGACAACUACUUGAAGCAAAACAACAAGCCCAUGGGACCUCUACAUGGCUUGCCCAUCAGCUGCAAAGACACCUUCAGAGUCAAGGGCUUCCAUGCCACCGGCGGCUUUCUGACGAACCUCAAAGAGCCGGCCGCGGAAUCAAACUCGGCCCUGAUCGACAUACUCUUAGACGCCGGCGCGGUUCUCUACGCCAAAACAAACGUCCCGCAAACCCUUAUGACAGCCGACUCCGAGAACCACAUUUUCGGGCGGACGCUGAAUCCCCACAACCUGAACCUCACCGCGGGAGGCUCCUCAGGCGGCGAGGGCAGUCUGGUUGCCUUCCGCGGCUGUCCCCUGGGGAUCGGCACCGACAUUGCCGGGAGCAUCCGCAUCCCAGCCAUGUGCUGCGGCGUUUACGGCUUCAAGCCCACCGCAAACCGCCUGCCGUACGCCGGUCAGACGAACCCGCCCGGGUUGAUCCGCGUUCCCGGCAGUAUCGAGCCGUCGGCAGGGCCGCUCGGACACAGCGUCCAGGACCUUCGAGUCGCCAUGGCUGCCAUGAUGCAGCUGAGGCCGUGGCUCUACGACGCGGAUGCAUAUGACAUACCCUGGCGAGAUCCUCUUCCCCUUGAGGACGCCGCCGCCAAGCCGGACGGACUCGGAAGAAAGCUCACCAUCGGCAUCCUCCCCGAGGACCCGGCGUAUCCGCUGCAUCCGCCCGUCCGCCGCGCCGUCCAGACGGCAGCGGCAAAGCUGGAGAAAGCCGGACACCGAAUCGUAUGGCUACCGCCCGACGCAGACCGCGAGGUCGGGCUGGGGAUGCGCAUUGCCUUUCAGUUCUUUGGGGUCGGCUGGGAAGGAGGCGUGCCCCAGCUUGCAGAGCCGCCGGUGGUGUCUGUGGCGGUGGGCAGCCAUCCCUUUUCGAAGGACCCGCCGCCCGUGCCCAGGGAUCCGAGCCCGAUCCGCUUCCUGGGCAAGCUUCAUGCCGCGAGAGGCGCCUUCGCAGACGCGUGGCGGCGCGCGUGGAAGGAGAACGGCUUGGACGUGGUGCUCGCGCCUGGCGCACUGAGUCCGGCUGUGCCCUUGGAUACGUACGGGCUGCCGACCUAUACUGUGAUGUGGAAUCUCCUCGAUUUUCCGGUCUGCCUUAUCCCAUUUGGCAAGGUCGCCAAGUCGCUUGACCCCACGCCAGUGAAGGCGCUCUCGGCUUUCGUUCCUGAUUACGACCCCGAGGCACUGGAUGGUGCACCCGUUGGGAUACAGAUUGUUGCACCACACCUCCGGGACGAAGAGUGUCUACAAGCCGCGCAACUGAUCGACCGAGAUAUCCGUAGUUCCGUACCUGAACGCGAACGGUAGCAUAUGAUAGAGUAGAAUCUUUGGCUGAAGACCACUUCCUUCACCUGCUCAUCACAUGUUUUGUUGGUGUAAAGGUGGGGUCUUGAGAGGGAGGAAGGCCCUAAUGUGGCCUGGCGUACUCUGAUGACCCCAAAGUUGAUCUCCUGAGAGAUGAUGCAGGAAAGAAAUAUUAUGUGUUGCAUAUAAAUUUUUGAAUAC